AUGGCAUCGCCUCAACCGGCUCGGGUCCUGCGGUGCUGCAGCUGCCGUCUAUUCCAGGCGCACCAGGUGAAAAAGAGUCUCAAAUGGACAUGCAAAGCCUGUGGAGAGAAGCAGUCUUUUUUGCGGGCUUACGGUGAGGGCUCUGGUGCUGACUGUAGACACCAUGUCCAAAAGUUAAAUCUGCUGCAAGGACAGAUUUCAGAGAUGUCACUCAGGUCUCUGGAAGAACCUGCGAGUGCCAGUGAAGGAGAAAACACAGGUCCUGCACAGGCUGAGAAUGGGAUACUGCAGGAAAAAUCCCAGCCCUCAGGGAACCGCUGGCUGAAGUAUCUGGAAAAGGACUCCCAAGAGCUGGAGCUGGGAGGAGGAGGAGUGUGUUUCAGCAGACAGCCCUCAUCCCAAACGGAGGAGCCAGACCCUCCCUUCAGUCAAGGCCUUCCUAGGAAAAGGAGAUGGAGCCAUGGCACAGUCCACCCAGCACAUGGCCUUGUUGUCCAGGACUCAGGCCACUCUGAGGACACCCUGCAACCCCAGAAGGGCUAUGCUGGCCUGACCAGGAAGGUGAAACAAGGCAGCAGCCACUGCCUCCAGGAGAACUCUGCAGACUGCAACACCGGGGAGCUUAGUGUUCCUUGGAGGAAACUACCAAGUCCUGCUCGGCAGGUUAAGGCCACAUAUUCUAAAUGGGCACGAUUUCUCUCAUCACCUGGAAACAGCUCACAUGUGGACACAGAGUUACCCAGACCACUGCAGAGGAGCCCCACACCAGCCAGUCCAGCACAGGCUCAGCAAGGGACCCCCAGGGCCCAGACCCCAAGGGUAGGCCACCCCAGCAGGCCCACUGCCACCGUUCAGCUUCCUCAGGCCACACACACACUCACACUCAGGUCCGAGAGGUCCUGCAGCAAGACCCCCAAGCAGUCACGGGGCACAGGGCCUCCUUGGGCAGAGGGUGGGUCUUUGGUCCAAGUGGCACAGAAGCCCCCACCCAGUCAUUUUGAACUACAUGAGGAGGCAGAGACAGAGAAGAGGUCGAUAUAA